CCUAUUUUAAGAACGAUGCUGCCGUCUUGUGGUCAGUCAGCUGUACUUCAGUUCAUCCCACAUAGUUUUGGCCCAGCGCGGCUUCCGGACAAGGCACGCGACAACAGAAGGUCAAAGAUGGCGGCCUCCGCUAAAAGCCUCGAAAUAUGUCUAUUUUCCUCAAAGUUAUUGAGAAACGUACAGCUCCGGAAUGAACGGUUCUUGUCCACGUCCGGGUGUCGUCUGGUUGCGGGAAGCGACGGAAAGCUCCCGAAAUUCACUCCACCGCCCAAGCCUGUCAUAGUAGACAAAACACAGAAUGAGGCAGCUCUGCGGAAGUUCCUCAGCCCAGAGUUCAUCCCACCACGGCAGAGGACAAACUCGUUGAAGUUUUACAUGGAGAGGAAAGACAUGGUCCGCAGGAGGACUGUGAUCGACCUUCCUGAAUUCUACGUGGGCAGCAUCCUUGCUGUGACCAUGGCUGACCCCAAUGCCAGUGGCAAAUCAAACUGUUUUGUUGGCAUCUGCAUCCAGAGAGGCGGGAAGGGUCUCGGAGCAACAUUUAUCCUCAGAAACAUCAUCAAUAGUCAAGGAGUGGAGAUCUGCUACGAGAUGUACAAUCCGCGCAUUCAGGAGAUCCGGGUUCUGAAGCUGGAGAAACGGCUGGAUGACAACCUGAUGUACCUGAGAGACGCCUUGCCCGAGUACAGCACCGUGGAUCCGGAAAUGAAGCCUGUGCCCGUCUCCCCCAGCGGAGAGGUGCCAGUGAACACGCUUAAAGUGAAAAUGCGUCCAAGGCCGUGGUCCAAACGCUGGGAACGGCCCAAGUUCGACAUCCGGGGCAUCCGCUUCGACCUGUGCGUGUCGCCGGCCAGGAUGGAGCGGGCGCAGAAGUGGGCGAAGCCUUGGCAGGAGUUCGAAAUGUUGCGGGAGUACGACACCUCCAAGAUUGAGGAGGAGAUCUCCAGUGAAAUCCAGCAGGAAUGAGCAAGUUGAAAAGCACUUGACGUCUGUGAUUCCCCCAAAGACUUGCAUUUUUUUGCUUGAAGUUUGUUCAUGUGGGACGGAAAAAUGGAACUGCUCAUUUUCUGGAAAAAAACAAACAAAAAAAACUAAUUGACUGUUAUGUUUUGAGCAAGUGUCUUCACCCACUUGCAGAUCUUCAAAAUAAAUAUCACACAACAUAGCAACA